CUUUAUGGACUUGCCGGAUGAAUUAGACGAUUAUGGAUUUGAAGACUAUGGUCCAGAUUGUGACAGCAUGAGGUUAACGGCCUUCUUGGACAUUCCAGGCCAGGAUAACCUCCCCCCACUUACUCGCCUGGAAAAAUAUGCUUUCAGCGAUAACAUCUUCAAUCGUCAGAUUAUUGCCAGAGGACUACUUGAUGUCUUCCGGGACUUCAGUAACAAAGAAGAAGACUUCUUAACAGUAAUGGAGAUGGUAGUCAGAUUGUCUGAAGAUGCAGAGCCCACAGUGCGGACUGAGCUGAUGGAACAGAUUCCUCCUAUUGCCAUUUUUUGGCAAGAAAACAGAUCAGAUUUUCCAGUGGUGUUCUCUGAAUAUCUCAUACCUAUUGUAGUGAGGUACCUCACAGAUCGAAACAAUCAGGUUAGAAAAUCAAGUCAGGAAGUGCUCUUGAUUCUUCUGGAACAAGAUCUCAUUUUCCAGCAUGAUAUUGAAAACAAAGUGUGUCCAGUUCUGCUGGAGCUGUCUGCCCCAGACAGUGAUGAGGAAUUCAAAGCAGAAGCCGUGAAUGUAAUUUGCAGAAUGGCUUCAAUGCUGAGUAAGAGCACAGUUGAACACCUGCUGCUCCCUCGAUUCUGUGAACUGUGUGGUGAUGAGAAGCUCUUUCAAGUUCGAAAGGUGUGUGCGAAAAAUUUUGGUGAUAUUUGUCAUGCUGUGGGACAAGAAGCCACUGAGAAAUUUCUGAUCCCAAAGUUUUUUGAGCUCUGCUCAGAUAAUGUUUGGGGGAUGCGAAAAGCCUGUGCAGAAUGCUUCAUGGCCGUGUCAUACACCACCUCCCCUGAGGUCCGCAGGACCACACUGUCGCCUCUCUUCAUCAGACUCAUCAGCGAUCCCUGUCGAUGGGUGCGCCAGGCUGCCUUCCAAUCCCUUGGCCCCUUCAUCUCCACCUUUGCAAGUCCUGCCAGGGCUGGCCUUUAUGUUUGCGAGGACGGCACCCUGAGCACCCGACCACAGACCCAGGAUUUGGACACUGAUUUUGCCUCCCGCUUACCCAGUCCUGAAAGUUGUGUUCAUACUUCCUCAGCCAGUUCAACAAAGCCUGUGCGGAUAGAGCCAGAUCUACCCAUGGAAGGGAUAUCAACGGAAACCAGUGAUUUUAUGCAUGUCGGUAGCUCCUCUACUGGCCUAAUAGAAAACCCAAUGGAAAACUCUGCCUCGGCUGGAGCUGAGUUGACCAGGCUUUCCCCAGAAGCCAGUCCCUUCUCGAAGCUCCUAGAUAUUAAUGAUCUCCCCAUCAACAGCCACCCUGGACCAGAUUCCUGUGCCUGCCCAGGGAAUUCGAAGGAUGUGUUCAAUAAUUUCCUUUAUUGGAGGACUCCUCUCCCUGACAUAAGCAGGGACUUAGAGUUGUUUCUGAGCAAGGCUGGGCUGCGGGAAGAAGGCUGCAGCAGACCCGAGACUAACAGCUGUGUGGCCAGCAGUGAGAUCCAAAAAGUCCUUGAUAGUUUGCAGGAGCACAUGAUGAAUGAUCCAGAUGUUCAAGCUCAAGUUCAGGUAUUAUCAGCUGCACUGAGAGCUGCACAGCUUGACUCUGUGAAUGAACCUGAGAGCAAGGUGUCAGAAGGUCUGGAUGAAGUGUCCAUUUCAGACCCUGGCUCUGCCUCUGACAGUCAGAUGACCCUGUCGGCCUCAUCAUCUCCGGAUGAGCUCUCCGUGGCCAGGGCAUCACCACGCUCAGAUCUAGCUGAACCCCGAAAUGGAACCAGUGACCAUCUGGAGACUGAGCAGAGACAUGACUGCACCCCACUUGAGGAGAAUGAAUCUAAGUUACAGGAUAUAAUACCUCAGCCUCUGCUAGAUCAGUAUGUGUCAAUGACUGACCCAGCUCGAGCCCAGACUGUUGAUACUGACAUAGCCAGACACUGUGCCUACAGCCUCCCGGGAGUGGUGCUGACCCUGGGCCGGCAGAAUUGGCACUGCCUGAAAGAUACUUAUGAAACGCUGGCUUCUGAUGUCCAGUGGAAGGUACGUCGGACCCUGGCCUUCUCUAUUCACGAGCUGGCUGUGAUUCUUGGGGAUCAGUUAACAGCAGCCGACCUGGUGCCCAUCUUCAAUGGAUUUUUAAAGGAUCUGGAUGAAGUACGCAUAGGAGUUCUUAAACACCUGUAUGAUUUUCUAAAGUUGCUUCAUGAAGACAAGAGGAGAGAAUAUCUUUAUCAGCUUCAAGAAUUUGUAGUGACCGAUAACAGCAGGAAUUGGAGGUUUCGAUAUGAACUAGCAGAACAGCUGAUACUGAUUUUGGAACUCUAUAAUCCCAAUGAUGUUUAUGAUUAUUUAAUGCAUAUUGCCUUAAAGUUGUGUGCAGAUAAGGUUUCUGAAGUUCGGUGGAUCUCCUUCAAACUAGUUGUGGCAAUUCUGCAGAAGUUCUAUUCAAACAGUGAAAGUGCAUUGGGGUUAAAUUUCAUCAGUGAACUCAUCGUAAGGUUUCGGCACUGUUCUAAGUGGGUUGGAAGGCAAGCUUUCGCUUUCAUUUGUCAGGCAGUGGUGAGCGAGGAGUGUGUCCCCGUGGACCAGUUCGUUGAGCACUUGCUUCCUAGUCUCUUGAGCCUUGCGUCGGAUCCUGUGCCAAACGUGAGGGUUCUGCUAGCCAAGGCUCUGAAGCAGACACUGUUGGAAAAGGCAUAUUUUAGAAAUGCUGGUAACCCUCAUCUUGAAGUCGUUGAAGAGACCGUCUUAGCUUUGCAGUCAGACCGGGACCAAGAUGUUUCAUUUUUUGCCACCCUAGAACCAAAGCGGCAGAAUGUUAUGGACACUACUGUACAAGAAAAAUAGAAUUAACUACUCUGUGAUGAAUUGUAAUCUGUUCAUUUCAUGCUUGGCAUAUAUUGCUUAUCAUAACUUGAAGGGGAGCUGAUUGUAUUAUAUCUGCUGAGGGGGAAAAGAUUUCUGAAACUUUUUACUGUGCACUCAAAUGACUGACUUCUUUCCCGGCAGCCCCGAGGGACUAAACCCUGGAUGGGGGCUUACUUCAGAUGGCUGGGCCUGUGCUAUGUUCCCCACCCCUACCAGCCCAAUCAGUAACAGUCUGUGGAAAGAUUGCAGACCCAGACAGCUGACCGGGUAUCAGGGCCUCUGUCCCAUGAGAUUGCCUGCCAGGGAUUUGUUUUCUCUGUGAUGGACUAUAUUAUUUAAAGUCCCUCCUUCCCCAAAUAAAGGUUAUGAGAAGUUUUUAAGUCUUUAAUAGACUUGCAUAUUUGCUUCCCUUAUGCUUUUCUAUAAAAUAUAGUUUAUGGCAUAAAAUUUUAUUUUUAACUGAAAUACUGUACAUAUGUAAAUAACUCUUGACAGGAAGAAAAUAUGUUAAUGUAAUAUUAGCCUCCUAUCAGUGAGCUGAACAAAUACAUCAUUUAAAUUUAUGCUCCACUUUGAGUUGCUGCAAAUAUAGCUCAAUUUGUUUACUUUUGAAAAAAUGUGAUAGUUAAAGAAAUCUACUAAAGAAUGACUUAUGGCA